AUGGAGAAAGAGUCCUCAACGAUUCAUAUCGAAGACAUGUCAGUGGAUUCUUGUAUGGCUCUUCUCAGCUACUUGUACGGAACCAUUAAACAAAUGGACUUUUGGGAGCAUCGUGUGGCACUCCUUGGAGCUGCAAGCAAAUACAAUAUUGCAGACCUUCAAGACGCUUGCGAGGAGAGUCUCAUGGAAGAUAUCAACUCGGGUAAUGUCCUGAAGAGGCUUGAAGAGGCCUGGCUUUACCAGCUGAAGAAACUUAAGAAAGGGUGUUUUAUGUACUUGUUCGAGUUCGGGAAAAUAUAUGAUAUUAGAGAUGAAGUAAACGAGUUUAUGAGGUGCGCCGAUAAGGAACUUGUGAUUGAGAUGUCUCAAGAGUUGCUUACUGAAGAAACAAAUGUAUAUUUGUUAUGGUGUAUAUUUUUAGUGUAUAUCUUUAACUUGUUUGAACCAUGA